ACUGUAAAAUUCUAUGUAUGUGGUCCCCACCUUAAGAUCUGUGUUAUUUUAUUUAUCCCAAAUUCAUCUUUUUGCAGCUACCAAAAUCCAAACCCAGCUCUUAACUUUACUGUAUUUUUCUACAAUUGUUUUGAUCUUAUCUCAAUUCUCAUCCCAUUAAUUAUUCUACCAUUUUCAUCACAAUAUUUUGUGUAUAAAUAUCUUCACAAAACAAUUAGACAAAUUCACUCAUGAUGAUAUGAAUAAACAGUUAAAUUUUGGUUGAAUCAUUCAAAGAAGGUGUGUAGCUAUGGCAGAUACCAAAACCACUAUUGUCAAGAUCAAGCCAAAUCCCCAAAAUGCCCCUUCAAAGCCAAGGGUUACUGAUUCUUCUUCUAAGAUGAAAUCAGUUACCACCAAUACUGUCAUUAAAACUGAGGUGAAAUCGAAACCAACAACAAUGUCAUCGUCAUCAUCGAAAACAACAAUAUCGAAGACGGAGACAAAGACAACAACUACCAAAGUGAGAGCGAGGAAAGUCUACAGUUUGCCUGGCCAGAAACAUGAUCCCCCUGAAGAGAAAGAGCCGCUGAGGAUUUUCUAUGAGUCAUUGUCAAAACAGAUACCGACAAGUGAAAUGGCGGAAUUUUGGUUAAUGGAGCAUGGGUUGCUGUCUCCUCAAAAAGCUAAGAAAGCAUUUGAGAAGAAGCAGAGGAAGCAAAAGGAAAUUCGAACAGGAACUCCUGUUAAGUCUUCAUCAAAGCCACCAAUCAAAACGGAAACUUCACAGAAGCAGCAACCGAGACCAAAUAAUGCUGGAACUUCACAGAAGCCACAACAAAGAUCAAACAAUGGCGACAUUAAAGCCAAGAGAAAAAUUGACACCGAUAGUGAUGAUGACGACGACGAUGAUUUCAUUUUAAGUCAUAAAAGAAGAAAAGGGUAAGAAGAAAAGCAUCGUAAGUAUUUUUUUUUUAUUUUAUCUAAGGUAGAAAAUUUGAAAGAAAAAUAAUAAAUGAACUUUUGUAAGCAAACUUGAAUUGUAAGAUUAAGUUAUUCUUCUUGUUACAAAUUUACUUAUACAACAAACAAGGAAAUGCAUUGUAUGUGUCUUUUGCUAGCAACACAAUGACAAAGGAUGAUGUUUUCACUCCA